GCAAAAACAAGCAUGAAUGCUAUCUGUCUAUGUGCAUAGAGUUUUAGAAAUAGUUGCCAGUGGCCUCUGCUGUGUCAUCUUUUAGCCUGUUGAAGUCAGUCUAAGCAUUUGGGUUAGCACAAAACAAAAAUCUGGAAAAACCAGUGACAAGUUUGGGGUGGUGAAGUGUCCGAACAAUGGUUGCUCGGUAAUGUUGCCCCCAGAGCAAGUGAAAGUCUAUACUGAGACAGCAGUGCUACUACCAGCAAGUGUCGUGUCAUCUGUGUGGGAUUUCAAUGGCCAGAGGCAAUAUACAGGCACAUAUUGACAGAGACUGUCUUGCAUCUGCGGGCGAGUGUGGCAACAAAUGUGGAGUCAAAGUUGCCAGGGGAAUGGUAAGAUCCAAGAGACAUAUUGACAGGGACUGCUAUAUAUAUAUAGCAGCUGCAAUCAAGUAUGGCAGCAAAAUAUGUGAAGUCAAGGUUGCCAGGGGAAUGAUGAGCGAGUACUUACAGAAGGAAUGUCGCUUACAAUCAUUUACGUGCACUGUUGCUAAUUGCACGUUUAAGGGUAGAUCUGUCAUCUACUUCCAAGCAACUCCAGGAACACGAAUCCAAGGGCGUGGUGUACGUUUCAUUUAAGAUGUGUGAGCAAGACUGUUGAUGAGCUCAAGAACACCAGUGCCCUACUCGCUCGCUGUGUGCCUCAAUCAACCACUAAGAAACUUGCUACUGAGAAGGACAAAGCUUUAAGCCAAGCGGUGGCAGACAUAACUG